GAGGCAGUAUAAAAGCACAGGAUUUCUUCCCAACUGCUUGUCACACUGACCUGCACCUCUCUCGCCUGCUCGUGGGGUUUUUGUCAAUUAGUGUUGGAGACAAGAAAAUUCCGUGGAAAAUAACGUUUUGCCGUGGUCAUGCCAGAACCCACUAAGAAAGAGGAAAAUGAAGUGCCAGCCCCAACUCCACCCCCAGAAGAACCGAGUAAAGAGAAGGACGCUGGAACUGCACCAGCAAAAGAUGAAGAGGAAGCCUCACCGCCUAGUGCUGUGCCUCCAGGUGUGGGUAGUCGGGCCCUGGAGAGAAAAGAUUCAGAAUGGUCUCUAGGGGAAUCACCAGCUGGGGAGGAACAAGACAAGCAGAACGCCAAUUCUCAGCUGUCCACUCUGUUUGUGGAGAAACCUCAAACUGGAACAGUCAAAGUCGGUGCAAAUAUUACCUUUGUAGCCAAAGUCAAGGCUGAAGAUCUUCUCCGCAAGCCCACUGUCAAAUGGUUCAAAGGGAAAUGGAUGGAUCUGGCCAGCAAAGCUGGGAAGCACCUCCAGCUGAAGGAAACAUUUGAAAGGCAAACCCGGGUGUAUACAUUUGAGAUGCAGAUCAUUAAGGCCAAAGAGAACUAUGCAGGAAACUACAGGUGUGAAGUCACCUACAAGGAUAAAUUUGACAGCUGUUCAUUUGAUCUCGAAGUAAAGGAAUCCACUGGGACAACUCCAAACAUUGACAUCAGAUCUGCUUUCAAGAGAAGUGGUGAAGGUCAAGAGGAUGCAGGAGAACUUGACUUUAGUGGUCUCCUGAAACGUAGAGAGGUGAAGCAGCAGGAGGAGGAGCCCGAGAUAGACGUGUGGGAACUGCUGAAGAACGCUAACCCCAACGAGUACGAGAAGAUCGCCUUCCAGUAUGGCAUCACGGACCUGCGGGGCAUGCUCAAGAGACUCAAGCGCAUGCGCAGGGUGGAGAAGAAGAGCGCAGCCUUUGCAAAAAUUCUUGAUCCUGCAUAUCAAGUUGAUAAAGGAGGCAAAGUAAGGUUUGUUGUGGAACUGGCAGAUCCAAAGCUGGAGGUGAAGUGGUACAAAAAUGGUCAAGAAAUUCGACCCAGUACAAAGUACAUCUUUGAGCACAAAGGUUGCCAAAGGAUCAUGUUUAUCAAUAACUGUUCAUUGACAGAUGAUUCAGAAUAUUAUGUGACCGCUGGCGAUGAGAAAUGCUCCACUGAGCUCUUCGUAAGAGAGCCUCCAAUUAUGGUGACCAAACAACUGGAAGAUAUAAAUACUUACUGUGGAGAGAAAGUAGAAUUAGAAUGUGAAGUGUCUGAAGAUGAUGCCAAUGUCAAAUGGUUUAAGAACGGUGAGGAAAUCUACCUUGGCCCCAAAUCAAGAUAUCGAGUUAAAGUUGAGGGCAAAAAGCACACUUUGAUCAUCGAAGGCGCAACGAAGGCGGACACUGGCGAGUACUCGGUGAUGACCACAGGAGGGCAGUCAUCUGCUAAACUGAGUGUGGACUUGAGGCCCCUGAAGAUAUUGACACCUCUGACUGAUCAGACUGUAAAACUUGGGAAAGAAAUCUGCUUGAAAUGUGAAAUCUCUGAGAACAUACCAGGAAAAUGGACUAAAAAUGGCCUGCCUGUUCAGGAGAGUGACCGUCUAAAGGUGGUUCACAAAGGAAGAAUUCACAAGUUAGUGAUAGCCAAUGCUCUCGUUGAGGAUGAAGGUGAUUAUGUUUUCGCACCAGAUGCCUACAGCGUUACUUUGCCUGCCAAAGUUCAUGUUAUUGACCCUCCUAAGAUCAUCUUGGACGGGCUCGAUGCUGAUAAUACAGUGACAGUAAUUGCAGGGAGCAAGUUGCGCCUUGAGAUUCCCGUCACCGGAGAACCACCUCCGAAAGCCAUCUGGAGCCGAGCAGACAAGGCCAUCAUGGAGGGCAGUGGUCGGAUAAGGGCAGAAUCUUACCCUGACAGCAGCACUCUGGUCAUUGAUGUAGCUGAAAGGGAAGACUCUGGUGUUUACAAUAUAAAUCUGAAAAAUGAAGCUGGAGAAGCCCAUGCAAGCAUCAAGAUUAAAGUUGUGGACAUCCCUGAUCCUCCAGUAGCACCUAAUGUGACAGAAGUGGGGGAUGACUGGUGCAUCAUGAACUGGGAGCCUCCUGCCUACGAUGGGGGAUCCCCAAUCUUAGGAUACUUUAUCGAGAGAAAAAAGAAGCAAAGCUCCAGGUGGAUGAGGCUGAAUUUUGAUCUCUGCAAAGAAACAACUUUUGAGCCCAAGAAGAUGAUUGAAGGUGUGGCCUACGAGGUGCGCAUCUUUGCCGUGAAUGCCAUCGGCAUCUCCAAGCCCAGUAUGCCCUCCAAGCCUUUUGUUCCUCUGGCUGUAACCAGCCCUCCUACCCUUCUGGCUGUGGACUCUGUAACUGACAGCACGGUGACGAUGAAAUGGCGGCCCCCAGACCAGAUUGGAGCAGCAGGUUUAGAUGGCUAUGUACUAGAGUAUUGCUUUGAAGGAACUGAGGACUGGACAGUUGCAAACACAGAUCUGAUUGACAAGACCAAAUUCACCAUCACGGGUCUGCCCACGGACGCAAAGAUCUUUGUGCGUGUGAAGGCUGUGAAUGCAGCUGGUGCCAGUGAGCCCAAGUACUACUCUCAGCCCAUCCUCGUGAAGGAAAUCAUAGAGCCUCCAAAGAUUCGCGUCCCCAGGCACCUGAAGCAAACCUACAUCCGCAGAGUUGGGGAAGCCGUCAAUCUGGUUAUACCUUACCAGGGAAAACCAAGACCAGAAUUAACUUGGAAGAAGGACGGUAUGGACAUAGAUAAGAAUCAAAUAAAUAUUCGCAACUCUGAGACUGAUACAAUCAUAUUUAUCAGAAAAGCAGAGAGGAGCCACUCUGGGAAAUAUGAUCUGCAAGUCAAAGUGGACAAAUACGUGGAAAGCGCGUCCAUUGACAUCCAGAUAGUGGACCGUCCUGGCCCACCUCAGCUUGUGAAGAUUGAAGAUGUCUGGGGAGAGAAUGUUGCCCUCACAUGGACCCCACCAAAGGAUGAUGGGAAUGCUGCCAUCACAGGAUAUACCAUCCAGAAGGCUGAUAAGAAGAGUAUGGAGUGGUUCACUGUCAUCGAGCAUUACCACCGAACCAAUGCCACCAUUACUGAGCUGGUCAUAGGGAACGAGUACUAUUUCCGGGUCUUUGCUGAGAACAUGUGUGGCCUCAGCGAGGAUGCCACGAUGACUAAGGAGAGCGCUGUGAUCGCCAAGGACGGUAAAAUCUACAAAAACCCAGUGUAUGAUGACUUCGACUUCACCGAGGCGCCCAUGUUCACCCAGCCUUUGGUUAACACCUACGCUGUAGCUGGUUACAAUGCCACCCUCAACUGCAGCGUCAGAGGGAACCCAAAGCCCAAAAUAACCUGGAUGAAAAACAAAGUCGCUAUUGUGGAUGACCCGCGAUACAGGAUGUUCAGCAACCAGGGCGUCUGCACUCUGGAGAUCCGCAAGCCCAGCCCCUAUGACGGAGGCACCUACUGCUGUAAAGCAGUCAACGACCUGGGCACGGUGGAGAUGGAGUGCAAGCUGGAGGUGAAAGUUGUAGCACAGUAAGGACUUUUGAAUGUAUAGUGUCAUCUAAGGUGGGCUUUCCUUCUGCAGGCUCCUCUUGCAAGGUGUGCCUCCUAACAUAAUUGAUUCCUAUUUGCGAGAUUUACAGUCCAGCAAUCCUGAGGAAUACUAAGAGCCUGGUCGCUGCCUCACUGCUUGCCACUGCGUUGAAAUCUGGUUGCACUGAGAGAGCAUAUUCUGUGUUUCCAGGCACCCAAGUGUGGUUGUUUUCUUUCCUCUUGCUGUUGGGAAAAAAAAAUGUUUGCACAGAUUGCUUCAUUAAAAAAUGCAAACAAAAUCUCACAUGAAGUCA